CUCCCCGGCCCUCCCCGCCCCCCCCCGCCCCCGUCCCGCCCUUCAUAAGGAGCCGCCGGGGCCGCGGCCGCCCGCAGAGCCGCCAACAGCCGCACCGGGGCCAACACCGGGACACCGGGACACCGAGACCGGGACACCGAGACACCGGGACACCGAGACACCGGGACACCGAGACACCGAGACACCGAGAUCGGGAUACCAAGACCGGUACCAGCACCGAGACACCGAGACCGGGACACCGAGACACCGAGACCGGCACCGGGACACCAGCACUGAGACCGGCACCGGGACUGAGAGCGUCACCGAGACCGAGACACCGGGACCAAGACACCGGCACCAGCACUGAGACGGGGGCUGAGAACACCAAGACCGAGACACCGGCACCGAGACACCGGCACUGAGACACCAACACUGAGACACCGGCACCAACACCUGGACUGAGAGCAGCACCGAGACCAACAGGAUGCGGGCGGCGCUGGCGGCGCUGGCGUGGGUGGCCCUGGCGGGGACGGUGGCCCCGGCGGCGGGGGGCCCGGCGGGGGGCCGCGUGGCCCGGCUGGCGGCCGACUUCGGGGUGCGGCUCUUCCGGGAGGCCGUGGGGCGGCGGGGGGGCGGCAACGCCGUCUUCUCGCCCCACGGCGCGGCCGCCGUCCUGGCCGCCCUGCAGCUGGCCACCGCCGGGCCCAGCCGCCGCCAGCUCGAGGCCGCCAUGGGCUUCGGCAUCGACGAGCCGGGGGUGGCCCUGGAGCUGCGGCGGCUGCGGCAGGCGCUGGGGGGGCCGGGGUCCCGCCUGGCCGCGGCCGAGGGGCUCUUCGUGGCCCGGGAGCUGCCGCUGGCGCCCGGCGCCGUCGCCCGCUUCGUCCAGGCGCUGGGCCGGCCCCCGGCGCAGGUGGCCUUCGGGCAGCCCCAGCGGGCGCGCGACGUCCUCAACGCCUGGGUGCAGAACCACACGCACGGGAGCAUCCGGGGCUUCCUGCCGCCGGGCGCCGCCGGCCCCGGCACGCGGCUGCUGCUGGCGUCGGCCGUCGGCUUCGGGGGCUCCUGGCUGCGACCCUUCCCCGCCGCCGCCACCCGCCGCCGCCCCUUCCACCGCCCCGACGGCAGCGCCGCGCCCGCCCCCAUGAUGGAGCAGACGGCCAGGCUGCGCCACGGGGAGUUCGUGACGCCGCAGGGGCUGGAGUACGACGUGGCGGAGCUGCCGUACGGCGGCGGGGACGUCUCCAUGCUGGUGGCAGCGCCGGCCCGGCGCCACGUGCCGCUGGCCGCCCUCGCCGGGGCCCUCGACGGGGCCCUCGUGGCCGCCUGGGCCGCCAACAUGACCCGCGCCACCCGCGUCCUCGUGCUGCCCCGGUUCUCGCUGGAGACGGCCUGGGACCUGCGGGCGCCGCUGGAGGCGAUGGGUGUCCGCGCCGUCUUCCAGCCCGCGGCCGCCGACUUCUCGGCCCUCUGCGCCGAGGAGCCGCUCUUCUUGGCCCAGGCGCUGCAGAAAGUGCGGAUCCAGGUGAACGAGAGCGGCACCGAGGCGGCGGCGGCCACGGCCGCCGUCGUCUACUCCCGCAUGGCCCCGCCGGAGAUCCGCAUGGACCGGCCCUUCCUCUUCCUCGUGCGCCACAACCCCACCGGCACCAUCCUGUUCAUGGGGCAGGUGACGGACCCCUGAGCCGGCGGGAGCCCCACGGCGCUGGGGGGCUGCCCCACGGCGGGUUGCGGCCCCAUGGCCGGUCACGGCCCCACGGCGCCGGGUCACAGCCCCACGGUGGAUCACAGCCCCACAGACCUCGGGGGCUGCCCCACGGCGCUGGGGGGGCCCCAUGGCCGGUUGUGGCCCCAUGGACCUGGGGGGCUGCCCCACGGCGGGUCACAGCCCCACGGCGCCGGGGGUCGGGGGGGCAGCGUAAUUUAUUGGGGAAAUUAAUAUAUUUGGGGGUGGCCCCAGGGACGGGGUCGGAGCCGCUGUCCCCACGGGGUGACAGCAAUGACGGGGGUCGACUGCCGCGGCGCAGUGUUGGGGUCAGUCCCACGUCACGGUGUUGAGGUCAGCCCAAAAGUCCUGGUGUUGUGGGUCAGCCCCAGGUCACGGUGUUGUGGGUCAGCGCGAGGUGGCAGUGUUGUGGGACAGCCCCCGCUGCGGUGUUGUGAGUCACCCUUGGGUUGUGGUGAUGUGGGUCGGCCCCCGCCGUGGUGGUGUAGGUCACCGCUGGGUCGCGGUGUUGUGGGUCACCGCUGGGUUGCAGCAUUGUGGGUCACCGCCGGGUCGCAGUGUUGUGGGUCAGUCCCUGUCGCAGUGUUGUGGGUCACCGUGGGUCGCCCAGCGCUUCGCUGUCAUCGGGUUUCGGUUCCGAAUAAAGAGUUUUUUGGGGA